AGUUGUUUAUUUCGUGAAGGUGAGACAGAUCCGUCAGGGGAGCAGUGCAAGAGACGUCGAUAAGAGGCAGGCGGGAAAGCGUUCACGUCAUCUGCUCUUGGCGCUAUCAUUCUCUUUCUAAGCUUUUUUUUUGUACGGCCCAUCUCUUUUUAAAUAGUUACUGUUAUUCAACCAUGUCCUUUGGUCGGCGUACGGGCGGAGGACUGCCCUCCGCCUCCCGCUACGUUCCGCACUCUGACGUCACCAAGACGUACUACGAGCGGCUUCUGCAAGACCUGCGACGCUACCUCCCGCCUGGCGUGGACGACGAUGUGGAGGAGGUGGCGGAGCAGGUUCUCGCCAUCGUGUGCACUGCCGCCGGCUCCGCGGCCUCCGCGGCAACCCCGAACACCAUCAACGAGCUGCAGCAGAGUUUGGAGCGUCUGCUCGACACCCGGCUCUCCCGUGAGGUGCGGGAUCACCUGUUGCACUACGGCAAGCUGAUCACCGACUACGUGGCGAGCUCGCCGGAGGGAGACGCGGAGGGCCGCGGCGGUAUCUACGGAGCAGCCAUUACCUCUUCUGCGGCGCUGGGCGUGGAUGAUUUGGACUUUGCCGGUCCGAGCAGCAGCAGCAGCAGCAGCAGCGACUCAGAGGCGGGUGAUGCAGAGGAGCGACGCACAAUCAGCGUGCUGACAGGCGGGGCUGUGGAGUCCGCCGCGGAGAGGAAGGAGCGGCGGAAGAAGCGCAGGGCACUCAUGCAGGCGGAUCAGAACCUCACGCAGUACGCCUUCACGGAAGAAGGGGGGAUCGCCGACACGGUGGAGGAGGCGGAGGCGUGGAGUGCGUCCGCGGGAGCUGCCCCGGCAGACGUGGUCGCAACGGAGGACGACGACGACGAAGGCGGGCUCGGCUUGACGGACACGCCGAAGAUCGCCUUCGACGAGGUCGCGUGCAACCCGCAGUACAUCAAGGACGCCGUCCGCCGCCUGUUUCCCGCACACGAAGCGGAGACGUGUCAAUCCCUCGCCGAACGUGUGAUUGAUUUUUUAAGUCAGCGCGACGAGGACGACUUCACGCUUGAAACGCAGCUCACGACGUGUCUUGGCGGCUACGAGGAUGAGGCGGUGAUGGACUGGAUCGGCGACGUGGUGCAGUCGCGGUGGAGCGUUGUCUACGGCCUGCGGUACGCGCAGUGUGGCACACAGAAGGAGCGCUACGCGGUAAUGGAUGCGAUGCGGCAACACGCACUCGACGACUCGCGGGUGGAGCACCUGUACCAGAGCAUCACCGGCAACGAGGUGGACCCGCUGCACAUGCUGGAACUGCCGCCGCCUCGCCACAACGGUGAUGCUCAGCCCGGCGCAGUCGACAAGGGAGUGCAUGGAAAUGAAGAGGCGGCCUCCUCGUCUGCUUCGUCUCCCUUCGCCGCUGCGAGGCAGCCGACGUUGCGACGGGUGGACCUGCAGGCGUGCGCCUUUCAAGAUGAGCGCACCCCGCACCUGCACGUGCGGGCCACCGUCCCACAAGGGACGCAGCGGCUGACGUACGAGACGCACGACGAGGUGAUUCUCCCGCCCAGCUCGCAGUACAACACCACCACGCCGCCCGUCUCGGUCGAGUCGUCGUUCCCCGGCUGGGCUCUCCCUGCCUUUCCGGGGAUGACGCACCUCAACGCCGUGCAGUCGAAGGUGUACGAGUGUGCGUUUCACUCCGACGAGAACAUGCUCGUGAGCGCGCCGACCGGGGCGGGUAAAACAAACGUGGCGAUGAUGGCCAUGCUGCGCGCCAUCGACGCCGCACGCAACACCACGACCGGCGUGAUUGACGGGCACAGCCUGAAAAUGGUGUACGUGGCUCCGAUGAAGGCGUUGGUGCAGGAAGUCGUGCGCACCUUCUCGCGGCGGUUAGAGCCGCUGGGCCUGACGGUGGCGGAGUUGUCUGGCGAUGCCGCCAUGACCCAGCAGCAAAUGGCCACCACCCAGCUCAUCGUCACCACACCCGAGAAGUGGGAUAUCGUGACGCGCAAGUCCGUCGAGCUGGGUGUGGCCUCGCUGUUAAAGCUGCUGAUUUUAGAUGAGGUGCACCUCUUGCACAACGAACGUGGACCGGUGCUGGAGGCGAUUGUGGCCCGUACACUGCUGCAGCAGCAACUCCGCGGCGAAGCGGGUAUUCGCAUCGUUGGCCUUAGCGCCACAUUGCCAAACUACGCCGACGUGGCCACCUUCCUGCAGGUGAACCGCCAGCGUGGGCUGUUCGUGUUCGACAGCAGCUACCGCCCCAUCCCGCUUGAGCAGACGUACUGCGCGACGAAGAAAGUGAAGGGCGUUGCCCAGAGCGCCGUGAUGAACGUGGUCGCCUACGACAAGGUGCUUCAGACGGUGCAGGCGGAGGAGCAGGUCAUGAUCUUCGUCCACUCGCGACGCGAGACGGAGUUCACGGCGCGCUACCUGCAGAAGCGGGCAGCGGAGGAGCACCGCGGUUACUACUUUGUGCAGCCGGACAGCAACAGCCACAAGGCCUUGCAGGAGGCGAGCAGCGGCGCCAACGGGGCGAUGUUGCGGCGCAGUCUGCAGCAGCUCCUGCCCGACGGCUUCGGCAUCCACCACGCCGGCCUCAGCCGCGAGGAGCGCAGCACCGUGGAGCAGCUCUUCGCUGAGCGCCACAUCAAGGUACUCGUCUGCACCUCUACGCUGGCCUGGGGUGUGAACCUGCCUGCGAACCGCGUCAUUAUCAAAGGCACGCGCGUCUUCAACGGCGCGAAAGGGCAGUCGGAGCUGCUGAGUGCGCUGGACGUGCUGCAGAUGUUUGGCCGUGCCGGGCGUGUCGGCUUCGGUGCCGCGCUCGGCCGCGCCACCAUCAUCACCUCCCCCGACGACCUGCACUACUACCUCAGUGUGCUCAACCAACAGCUCCCGAUUGAGUCGCAGAUGAUGAAGCGUGUCGUGGACAUGCUAAACGCCGAGAUCACCCUCGGCCACGUUGAGACGGUUGAGGAGGGCGUGCAGUGGCUGCAGCGGUCGUACCUCUACGUGCGCAUGCGGCAGGUGCCGGAGGUGUACGGCAUCCGACCCACCGCAAGCGAUCCACUGUUGCUGCACCACCUCGCCAACAUUGUCCACACCGCCUGUGAGGAGUUGAGGGCGUCGAAGAUGGCCGACUACGAUGCCCGGGCGCGCCGGGUCAGCGGCACCGCCUACGGCCGCAUCGCCUCCUACUGCUACAUCACCACCACCUCGAUGGCGGCCUACUUGGGUUUAAUGAGCAACGCGAUGCAGGACGUGGAGCUGUUCCGCGUCUUUUCCGCGUCGAGCGAGUUUGCCAACAUCGGCGUGCGAGCAGAGGAGCAGGCGCAGCUGAAGGAGUUGCUCGACAGCGCGCCGGUCGCGGUGCGGGAGUCGCGCUACACCCCGCUCGCCAAGAUAAACAUUCUGCUGCAGUGCUUCAUCAGCCAGAAGGAGCUGGAGGGGCUGCCGCUGAUGAGCGAGAUGGUGUACGUGAAAGACUCCGCCCAGCGUAUUCUGCGAGCCUUGUACGACAUCUGCCUCGUCCGCGAGUACGGCCGCACUGCGCGCCAAUUUCUCAAUCUCUAUUUAAUGACGGUACAUCGGCAGUGGACGGUGCAGUCGCCGCUGCGGCAGGUGCGCGACUACCUGCCCGUGAAGCACUACGAGUCCAUCUUGUCCGCCCUGGAGCGGGUGCGAGUGCCAUGGGAGGAAAUCCGCAGCUGGAGCGUCGAGGACCUGGCGGAGCGGCUGAGCGACGACCGCCGUGCGCAGUCCGCGUACGAGGCGAUCCACGUCGUGCCGCACUACGCGGUAGAGGCGGCGGUGCGUCCACUGACGCGCGGCAUGCUCUACAUCGACGUCGACAUCCUCGCCGACUUCGACUACGUCGAGACGGUGCACGGCCGCUCCGUGUGUGAGGUGGUGCUCAUGAUCGAGCACACAAACGGGCGACUGCUGCACCACGAGGCCGUGCUGCUGCCGCUGGCGAACGUGCAGCAGCGUGCGAGCUACGCCUGCCCGCCGGUGGUGGUGCCCAUGGUGGACCCCACACCGACGCAUCUGUUCGCGCGUGUGGUGUCGCCGCACUGGCUCGGCGCCUCCGCCACGGCCUCUGUCUGCCUGCUGAACACUCUUCUGCCACCGGUGGCGGCGCCGCUGCGUGAGGUGGACCAGCGGCCCCCUUCACCGGACACGAGUGGCAGCGCGGUAGCGGAGCGCCUGGCCGCCUUUCAGCUGCACGCCGUCGGCGAGCAGAUCUUUCCGUUUCAGAACUUCACCGCCCUGCAGUCCGACCUGGUCGACCCCAUCUUGCUCGACCACCCGCGCAACCUCCUCGUAGGCGUCCCCCCGGGCAGCGGCAAGACGGUGCUCGCCGAACUCUUUGUUCUACAGUUUCUUUUGGAGGAGGCCGUGAAGGAGGCGGAGCGGCAAUCGAGGGCGCUGCCAGGCACACAACAGGGAGAAGACGAUGGGAACGGUGCCGAUGCUGCUGCUGCGUCGCUUCUGCCUGGCAAGCUGUUGUACUUGACGAGCAACGCAGACGUCGUGCACCGCCGCGCGCUGGACUGGCGCUACAAGUUUGGCGAGGUGCUGAAGCAGCGGGUGGUGGAGCUGACGGCUGGUGACGGCAGCAGCAGCAGCGGUGGCACCAAUAAUGAUGGAGGCGAUGCAGGCGCCACGAAGUUGGCUUCCGCCACCAUCAUUCUCGCGACCGGCGAGCAGCUGAUCCGCCUGGUGCGUCGCGGUGAUGCCGCGCUGGCUGGCGUGACCCACAUUGUUGUUGACCACCUCCACUUGCUGCGCUCCUCAGAAGGGCAGGCGAUGGAGGAGUGCAUGGCCCGCCUCAACGCAGAGCCGUUCCUCGUGCGCCACGGCACCGGGCGGGCGCGGAUUCUUGGCCUGACCUACCCGCUGAUCAGCACCGCGGAGGUCGGUCGCUGGCUGAAGGUGUCAGCGACACACCAGUUCAACUACGGCAACUCGUACCGGCAGCUGCGUGUGCGGCUCGUCGGCGUGGAGCUGCCGGGGCCGCGCAGUCGCUACGAGAGCGGUGCAGUGGCGGCGAUCAAACUACUGCGCCGACCCGCCUACGCCGCCGUGCCGACCGUCAUCUUCGUGCCGACGACUCGGCAGGCAAAGGACAUGGCACAGCGUGUGUUGCUGCGGUGCCGUGACAACUACAUCCCCGAGACGACGGAGCACGCCACCGAUGACCCGCGCCUCGCCGUGUACCUCGCCGCGGGUGUGGCCUACUUGCACCGUCGCACGAGUGAGCUGGACGCCCUUACGAUACAGGAGCUGGUGGAUCAGCCCGCCCUGCACGCCGAGACGCAGGCGACGCUGCCGCUGCUGCUCGUGUGCACCUUCGACGCGGCCUGGCGCCUGCCGGCGGCGCUCUUCACCAACGCCGUUAUCUGCUGCGGCGAGCGUCUUGCGACCGUCGAGAGCGAGGACGGGGAGCGGGGGAUGACGUACGCCGAUUGCUCGGCGGUGGAGGUGAUGCAGAUGUGCACGCGGGCGGUGAAUGAGGCGGUUUUGUACUGCCGGAGCCCCCGGGUGUGGGUGUGGGGGAAGUUGUUAAACGAACCUCUGCCACUCGAGUCCGGCCUGCGCUACGCCGACGACUUCCGCGACGCGGUGAACGCGGCGAUUGCGCAGGGGCGGGCGGCGAGCCGGGCGGACGUGCUGCGCGUGCUCUCCUCUCACUACUUCCUUCAUCACGUGAAGUCCAAUUUGCACUUCUACGGCGUGCCGACCGCCGCGGAUGUCCCGCUGUACGCCUCUAGUGUCGCCUCGCACGUGGUGAACGCGUUGAAGGUGCUGGGCUGUGUGGAGGAGCUGCGCGUCCACCACGACAACGAAGAGGCGGCCGAUGAGGCGGAGGAGGCGGAAGACGAGGAGGACCCGCACGCGCCGUUGCGACCUACCGUCCGUGGGCUCGCUCUUGCCCACCACUGCCUCGCCGUCAGCACAGCAGAGGAGCUGCUGCGCGUGCUGCCCGGCUCGCUCGAAUCCGAAAAGAAGAAGGCGGCGCUCCACGACACGACCACGUACCUCUGGCGGAUGCUCGCCUACCACUGUGAGGAGCUCACUCCUGCCCACCUCGGCGACGCCGCCCGUGUGACGGAGGCGGCAGAGUACCGCGCGCUGCACUCGCUCGCACGGGCUCUUCCAGACUCCCUGGGCGUGCGCUACAUCGACAUCGACUUCAGCGCUGCCGGCACGAAGGUGUAUCUGCUCCUCCUCGCCUACUGCUGCCGCCUGUUUCCUGCAUCGUACUUCUUCGCAUCGGAGGUGUUCGCUGCAGACGGAGGCGCAGAGGCGGAGAAAACCAGCGCCUUCGAUGCCCACCACGGCCACGUUUUUUACCGCGCCGCGGUCAGCCGUGACGCACGCACCGCGCUGUGCAACGCCGUUUCGGCAGACUUGGCGGAGCGUCUGGUGGAGGACCUUCGCACCCUGCUGCCUGCGGUCCGCCACGUUGUGUCUGCUGUGGUGGAGCUCUUAGACGGCGACACGCAGGCCUGGGCCGUGGCGCGGCUUAUACGGCUUACGUCAGCUCUUCAUCAGCAAUUGUGGGAGAGUGAGCCGGCGGUGCUGCAGCUGCCGUGCUGGCGCGCCCCGCUCUUCUCGUCACCCAGCGCACUCACUUCGAUUGGAGCAACGUGCACGCUGGAGGAGCUCCAGGACGCACCCGACGUGGCCGUGACGAAGCUCGAGUCGUGCGUCAGCGAGCUCGUCGUGGCGUCAGGGAGCGCCGCAGGUGCGGAUGCUGCUGCGGCGACCACAGCGCGGCGCACGUCGCAGGCGGCGGUGCAGGAGGCGGGCGGAGUGCCGCGUGUCGUGGCGGUGCGGGCGAAGGGCCGUGUGGAGGAGAUGGACGGCGUACUCGCCAUGAUCAUCCACAUCGAUGCACAGAUGCGAUGGGCCCCACCACGACGAGCAGCAGCGAGCACCAGCAGCAGCAGCGGCGAUGGCGGCGACAACAACGGUGAUUCGGCAGAGGUACGUGUCAUGCACCAGUGGUGGGUGCGCUGUGUGGUGUCGCAGAAGGCGUCCCCGAGCCGCACCCGUCAGCUGGCCCUACGCGUGAGUUCGGUAGAGUUGACUGGCGCAGAAGCAGGGCUGUCAUCUUCCUCGACGGCUGCGAAGACGGCCAGUGCCGCUCCUUCGCUCUCCACCUUUUCCUUGUCCUCCGACGUGUUUUUCCCGCUCGCGCGUCUUGAGGCGGAGGACCUGGACACGGUGGAGAUGCGCGCCGUGGUGACGAGCGUCGCCUUCUGUGGCGUGGAAGGCACAUCUGUCGUUGUGUUCGACGCUGAGGAUGAGUAA